AACUUUUCGACCUUGAUAACUUCUCCAGCGGUUCAAUUGGCACAAUUACGCGCCAUAUGCUCCAUUGGUCUCAUCGAUUCCAUUGAUUUUAUUGGCCUUGAACGCAACGAACGCCACUCGCAAAUAUUUCAACAUGGCCGAGAAAAAGGCGGACGCCCCGGCAGCUGGCAUGCUCUGGGGGGGCAGGUUCACAGGUGCCAUUGAUCCUCUCAUGUAUAAGUACAAUGCCUCCAUCCGAUACGAUAAGGCUCUUUAUAAAGAAGAUAUCCUUGGAUCGAUUGCUUUUGCUAGGGCCAAUUCGAAGGCUGGUAUUAUUACCCAAGACGAAUUUCAGGCGAUUGAGCGUGGUUUGCUCCAGGUGAUGGAAGAAUGGAAGCAGGGAACUUUCGUUAUUAUGCCGAAUGACGAAGAUAUUCACACGGCAAACGAACGUCGCUUAGGAGAGGUCAUCGGCAAGGACAUCGCGGGUAAACUGCACACAGGUCGCAGCCGCAACGAGCAAGUUGUCUGUGAUAUGCGCAUGUGGUUGCGCGAUCGGAUCCGCGAAAUCGACAGCCAACUCGUAGCAUUUCUAAAGGUCAUCGUCACACGUGCCGAGUCUGAAAUCGACUACAUCAUGCCUGGAUACACCCACCUGCAACGUGCCCAGCCCGUUCGCUGGUCACAUUGGCUGAUGUCGUAUGCCGCUGCGUUCAAGCAGGAUCUCGAGCGGUUGCGCCAAGUUUUCGAAAGGGUCAAUCUAAGUCCACUUGGUUGUGGCGCUUUGGCCGGCAAUCCAUUUGGAAUCGAUCGACACUUAAUAGCUAAGGAGCUUGGCUUUAGCGGAAUAACCUUGAACUCGAUGAAUACUUCGGCCGAUCGUGAUUACCUACUCGACUUCCUGGUCUGGAACUCGAUUUUCGCCAACCACAUUAGCAGGUGGGCUGAGGACCUCAUCAUAUAUUCGACCUCUGAGUUCAGUUUCGUGCGGCUGGCCGAUGCGUAUUGCACAGGCUCGAGUUUAAUGCCAAACAAGUUCAACGGGGACUCGUUAGAGCUUCUGCGCGGCAAGUCAGGGCGUUCUUUCGGUCAAAUGGCCGGGUUAAUGAUGACUCUGAAAAGCUUGCCAUCUUGCUAUAAUAAAGAUCUCCAGGAAGGGUGGGAGCCUAUGCUGGAUUCGGUUCAGACUGUGUCGGAUAGUCUAGGCAUAGCCAAUGGUGUCAUUGCUACCUUAAAGGUGCGGCCAGAGCGGAUGGAAGCUGCUCUGGACAAAACGAUGCUAGCCACUGAUGUCGCAGAGUGGUUGGUGAGGAAGGGAUGUCCGUUCAGAGAGGCUCACCACAUCUCUGGACGCGUCGUUGCGCUGUCUGAAAAGCUGGAAGUUUCGAUGGACACGCUGACCCUUGAGCAACUGCAAGCCAUUGAUUCUCGGUUCACAGCAGACAUUGUGGAGGCAUUUGAAUAUGAAACGAGUAUCGAAGCGAAAUCGUCUAAAGGCGGUACCAGUCGAUCAAGCGUGUUGGAGCAGAUCCAGAUACUCAGGGCUAUGUUAGAUUAGAGGAUUGAGAAAAAAGAGCUUAAUCCAAAUCUUUGUUUUGUUUUGUUCU